GUGUGGCAGUCGCACUGUCGGCGGGCGCUAUGGAGGUUUACGAACAGGUCCAGAAGGGGCCUUUAAAGCUGAAAGGCGUCGCAGAGCUCGGCGUGACCAAGCGGAAGAAGAAAAAGAAGGACAAGGACAAGGCGAAACUCCUGGAAGCGAUGGGAACAAGCAAAAAGAACGAGGAAGAGAAGCGGCGCGGCCUGGACAAACGGACCCCGGCUCAGGCAGCUUUCGAGAAGAUGCAGGAGAAGCGGCAAAUGGAAAGGAUUCUGAAGAAAGCAUCCAAAACUCACAAGCAGAGAGUGGAGGACUUCAACAGACACCUGGAUACACUCACGGAGCAUUAUGACAUUCCCAAAGUCAGCUGGACAAAGUAGCCUCCUGGCCCUGGGUGUGGAGCAGCAUCGAGGGGAAGCAGAUGGCAAAGCCAGGGUUUUGUUUGGUGUCUUUGGUAUUUUCUAGAAACAUUAUUUUACACAAGCCCUUGCACUUCUGCUGUGACAGUGCUUUUCGAAGCUGUGUGCCCUCAUUCUGGAACCGGAUUAAAGUAAGACUGUUCUUUUACUCAGCUUAGGUUUCUUAGUAGCACAUAGAAGAUAAGCCUUUUUCGUUUGUUUUGUUUUUGUUUUGUAUUUUGGUGGCUGGCUGGUAUGGGGAUCUGAUCCCUUGAUCUUGGUGUUGAAACACCUCACUCGAAAUAACAGCUCACUGGCCAGCCCCAACCUUUUCAGUUUGAAUGGAAAUUUUUGAACCUUUAUCUAGAGGUAAAGGCCAUCUCUGUGUAAGUGCUGUGUAAAAAUAUGUUUACCCCCAGGUCGCAACUAAUUUUCUAAGGCCAGCCAGCUGUCUUCACCUGGAUGAGACGGACUCCAGAGGGAAAGAAGCUAAGACCAGUGUGGCCUGUGAUGUGCAGAUGACCGUGGGACUCUGCGUGGGCUGCCCUUCCAAGCUCCCUCUAGUUUGGGGCUUAAUGCUGUUCCACCCAGGGCCCGGGGAAGCCACUCGCAGCUUUGUGGCUUUCAAACUGUCUGCUCAGCCAUCUGGCUAGUGAGACAGUACAGCCUUGGUAGCAGAUACCCACCAAAGGCAAGGAGGGAACGCAUGCUUGUCCCUUUCUGAGCCUGCUCCACGCAAUACUCCCAUCCAGACACAUCUAGUAGGGAUUGGUCCUGAUAUGAUAUUUGAUGUCAGUAUUUCUUUAGAACUUCUAUAAUUUAAUAGAGAGGGUUUUUAAAAAUUUCCUGGUGAAAGGGCUCCUCACUCUGUAGAUUUGGUGCCUUGGGGUGAGAGAAUGUUAAUUGUACUGUUUCUGUUUAUAAUUUAUUGGGUUGUCCUUUGUGGACCAAUAAAAGGUCAGUGUUU